UUCAUACCAUGUCACCAUCAAAGCACCGUGGCCGCUAUAUUGUAUUUAAAUCUCUUUCAAAAUGCAACCUUGUACGGUACGUUACACUAAGGAAAGGAACUAAGAGGCGGAGAGAACCGCGGCAUGAACCUCAACAUUCCAAGAAACAUUCCACAAAACCACCUUCAGAAUCUGAAGAUAACCCUGAGCUGCAUGACGAGCACUUCGAUGAAAAACGCAACUUGGUAGUGUCACCUUUUCCUCCAUCUGAUAAAAUUGGGAUUAUCUCUGUUCAGAGAGAGACUGAAGAGAUUAUUCCCAUGAAACAAAUGAAAAUGGAUUGGAUUCCAUACAUCCCCUCAGAGGAUCGGUACACCAACAUUGACAGAUUGAAAUCUCAAAUAUUUAUCUUGAGUUGCACCCAAAGGAGGGCUGCUUUGAAACAUUUAAAGUUGGAUCAAGUGAAAAAGUAUGAGUAUUGCUUGCCAUAUUUCUACCAUCCAUUCAAGGAAGAUGAACUUGAACAAAGUACUGAGGUUCAAAUACUAUUUCCAACAGAGCCAAAGCCGGUCUUUUGUUCAUUUGAUUGGAAGUUCAAUGAUCUUGAGGAGUUCAGUGAUGAGCUCAUAAAAGAUGAGGAAUUAUCAGCAGAUCAAAAAGAUGAGUUCAAGGAUUUUGUGAAGGAAAAAGUACAAGAAGCAAAGAAAGCUAAUAAAGAGGCAAGGGAAGCUAGAAGAAAAGCCAUUGAAGAAAUGAGUGAGGAAACUAAAGUUGCAUUUGAGAAUAUGAGAUUUUACAAAUUCUAUCCUGUUCAAAGUCCUGAUUCUCCUCCUGUAUCAAAGAAGUGUCAUGUGAUUAACAGGUAUUAUGGAAAGGCUCAUGAAUAUCUAUGAUGAAGCUAAGGCUUAAAUUUUUUCUUAAU